AUGAAAUGUCCAUAGGAUGUGGUUAACAUAAAUUAGCAAGAUACCACUCAAGCUAUUACUACAGUACAUAAAAAAAUCUCCAAGAUUGAGAUUUGAGAUCAUCUGCUCCAGGAAAAUUCGCAUUGGGAUUAAAUUAAUAAGAUCUGCCAAAAGUGUUUGUUCUUGAGUCCUUCAGCAAGAUUCAUAUCAGGCAUCAUCUCCAGGAGAGCUUCGCUUUCGAAAUACACACAGAGCACACCAUUCCUCUGUAUCGCAUAGUCGGAACAGGAAGAGGGAAUGGCUUCUGAGGAAGCCGAUUCCCGACUAGCCCAAGUCUUAGUGCCGGCACUCGAGAAGAUCAUCAAAAAUGGCUCUUGGCGCAAGCACUCGAAGCUCGCUCAUGAGUGCAAGUCAGUCAUUGAUUUCCUCACUUCAGCAACCCCUAUCCCUACCUCUCCCAUUUCUCCGUCCAAUCAAUCCGAUCCGGACCCGUCUCCGUCUCUCCCUGGCGUCCUUCUCGAGCUCUCCCUCUCUGAUUCCGAGCACCUUCUCAGUCCUCUCAUCAACGCAACUGCCUCCGGUAACCUCAAGAUCGUUGAACCUGCUUUAGAUGCCGUCCAGAAACUCAUCGCGCAUGGCUACCUCCGUGGCGAGGCUGAUCCCACCUCCGGCCCAGAUGCCAAGCUUUUGGCGAAACUUGUCGAGGCUGUUUGCAAAUGCCGCCAUCUGGGCGACGAUUCCGUAGAAUUGCUCGUUAUAAAGUCACUGUUAUCUGCCGUCACAUCUGUAUCGCUCAGAAUCCACGGGGAUUCUCUGCUGCAGGUCGUGCGGACUUGCUAUGAUAUAUACUUGGAAAGCAAAAAUGAUGUGAAUCAGACUACUGCCAAAGCUUCGUUGGUCCAAAUGCUAGUGAUUGUGUUCAGGAGAAUGGAGGCAGACUCAUCUACUGUACCACUGCAGCCUAUUGUGGUGGCAGACUUGAUGGAACCACCAGAGAAGGCAGAUGCGGAUGGGUCAAUGACAAUGUUCGUACAAGGAUUUAUAACAAAAGUUAUGUAUGAUAUUGAUGGGGUUCUGAAUUCUGCUACCCCAAAGAGUUCAACUGGUACAGGUGGAGCUCAUGAUGGUGCGUUUGAAACUACUACCUCCACUGUGGAGUCUACCAACCCUGCUGAUCUGUUGGACUCAACAGACAAGGAUAUGCUGGAUGCCAAGUACUGGGAGAUCAGUAUGUAUAAGACAGCUUUAGAAGGGAGGAAAGAGGAGCUCGUGGAUGGUGAGGGAGAGAGAGAUGAUGAUUUGGAAGUACAAAUUGGGAAUAAGUUGAGACGAGAUGCAUUCCUGGUGUUUAGAGCUUUGUGUAAACUCUCCAUGAAGACUCCUCCAAAGGAGGCUAUGGCAGAUGCACAUUCUAUGAAGGGGAAGAUUGUGGCCUUGGAAUUGCUCAAAAUUUUGUUGGAGAAUGCAGGUGCAGUUUUCAGGACAAGUGAAAGAUUCUUAGGUGCUAUUAAGCAGUAUUUGUGUUUGUCACUACUAAAGAACAGUGGCUCAAGCCUUAUGAUUGUCUUCCAGCUUUCAUGCUCAAUCUUUAUUAGUCUGGUAUCAAGAUUUAGAGCUGGACUGAAGGCAGAAAUUGGAGUGUUUUUCCCAAUGAUUGUCCUCAGAGUGUUGGAAAAUGUUUCUCAACCUAAUUUUCAUCAGAAAAUGAUAGUACUCCGAUUUCUUGAGAAGCUAUGUGUGGACUCACAAAUUAUGGUGGACAUAUUCCUUAACUAUGACUGUGAUGUCAACUCUUCAAACAUAUUUGAGAGAAUGGUCAAUGGACUUCUUAAAACUGCUCAGGGUGUCCCUCCCGGUACUGCAACAACCUUGUUGCCCCCUCAAGAAGCAGCAAUGAAGUUGGAAGCUAUGAAAUGUUUAGUGGCCAUCUUGAAGUCCAUGGGAGAUUGGAUGAACAAGCAACUGCGAAUUCCAGAUUCUCAUUUUGCCAAGAGAUAUGAGACAGAUGAAAAUAAUUUUCAACCUGCUAGUCCUCCCAUGGAAAAUGGAAAUGGGGAUGAGGCUGGUGAAGCGUCCGAUUCAUUUUCUGAAGCCUCUAGUGAAGUUUCUGAUGCUUCAAUAAUUGAGCAGCGCCGUGCUUACAAGCUCGAGCUUCAAGAAGGCAUAUCACUUUUUAAUCGUAAACCAAAGAAAGGCAUUGAAUUCCUGAUAAAUGCCAAUAAAGUUGGGACUUCAGCAGAAGAGAUAGCUGCGUUCCUUAGAAAUUCAUCUGAGUUGAAUAAGACCUUAAUUGGUGAUUAUCUGGGGGAAAGGGAUGACUUGUCUCUGAAAGUAAUGCAUGCUUAUGUGGAUUCCUUCGACUUCCAAGGUAUGGAGUUUGAUGAGGCGAUAAGGGUCUUCCUCCAAGGGUUCAGACUGCCUGGUGAGGCACAGAAGAUAGACCGUAUAAUGGAGAAGUUUUCUGAGCGUUAUUGCAAAUGUAAUCCAAAGGUUUUUACCAGUGCGGACACUGCUUAUGUUCUAGCUUACUCUGUUAUACUGCUUAAUACUGAUGCUCAUAAUCCUAUGGUCAAGAGCAAGAUGUCAACUGAUGAUUUCAUAAGGAACAACCGUGGGAUUGAUGAUGGAAAGGAUUUGCCAGAGGAGUAUUUGAGGUCUUUGUUUGAGCGUAUAUCAAGAAAUGAGAUUAAAAUGAAAGAAGACGAUUUGGCUGUUCAACAGAGACAGUCAAUGAAUUCCAAUAAAAUCUUAAGCUUAGAUAACAUCCUGAACAUUGUGAUCCGAAAGCGAGAAGGAAACGCGGAGACCAGUGAUGAUCUCAUUAGACACAUGCAAGAGCAAUUUAAAGAAAAAGCUCGAAAAUCAGAGUCAGCUUAUUAUGCUGCAACAGAUGUAGUGAUCCUCAGAUUCAUGAUUGAGGUCUGCUGGGCACCUAUGUUGGCUGCUUUCAGUGUCCCUCUUGACCAAAGUGAUGAAGAAGUUGUAGUAUCUCAGUGUUUGGAAGGUUUUCGUUGUGCGAUCCAUGUUACGGCAACUAUGUCCAUGAAAACCCAUCGUGAUGCUUUUGUGACAUCCCUUGCAAAGUUCACUUCACUCCAUUCACCUGCAGAUAUAAAACAGAAAAACAUUGAUGCCAUCAAGGCUAUCCUAAUAAUUGCGGAUGAGGAUGGAAAUUACUUACAAGAGGCAUGGGAGCACAUCUUGACCUGUGUUUCUCGGUUUGAACAUUUGCAUCUAUUGGGGGAGGGUGCUCCCCCUGAUGCCGCUUUCUUUGCACUUCCUCAGAAUGAGUUUGGCAAGUCAAAACAAGCCAAAUCAAAUAUUCUUCCUGUUCUGAAAAAGAAAGGGCCUGGAAAUAUUCAAAAUGCAGCUUCUGCUGUGAGAAGGGGUUCUUAUGACAGUGCUGGCGUUAGUGGCAGUGCUGCCUCUGGUAUUACAACAGAACAGAUGAACAAUUUGGUCUCCAACUUAAACAUGUUGGAACAAGUUGGUGAAAUGAGCCACAUAUUCUUUAGGAGUCAGAAAUUGAACAGUGAGGCUAUCGUGGACUUCGUCAAGGCUUUGUGUAAGGUUUCUAUAGAAGAAUUGAAGUCAACAUCAGAUCCAAGGGUUUUCAGCCUCACAAAGAUUGUUGAGAUUGCGCACUACAACAUGAAUCGCAUCAGGCUUGUGUGGUCAAAAAUCUGGCUCGUACUCUCUGAUUUCUUUGUGACCAUUGGCUGUUCUGAAAAUCUUUCAAUUGCCAUAUAUGCAAUGGAUUUAUUACGCCAGUUGUCAAUGAAGUUUUUAGACCGAGAGGAACUGGCUAAUUAUAAUUUUCAGAAUGAGUUCAUGAAACCAUUUGUGAUUGUUAUGCGCAAGAGUAGAGCCGUUGAAAUCAGAGAAUUGAUAAUCAGAUGUGUUUCACAAAUGAUUUUAUCUCGCGUUAACAAUGUGAAGUCGGGAUGGAAGAGCAUGUUCAUGGUAUUUACCACAGCUGCUUACGAUGAUCAUAAAAACAUUGUUCUGCUGGCUUUUGAAAUAACAGAAAAGAUCGUACGAGAUUAUUUUCCGUACAUUACUGAGACUGAGAGCACAACUUUCACAGAUUGUGUUAAUUGUCUUAUUGCAUUUACUAAUACUAGGUUCAACAAGGAUGUUAGUCUUAAUGCCAUUGAAUUCUUACGUUUUUGUGCGGCUAAACUUGCUGAAGGAGGGCUUGGCUCUUCAAGGAACAAGGACAAACAAAGUUCUGGAAAGAUCUCUCCUUCACCACUGAAAGGAAAAGAUAAAAAGAGUGAGAAUGGGGAUUUGACAGAAAAGGAUGACCAUGUUUAUUUCUGGUUUCCUUUGUUGGCCGGAUUAUCUGAACUUAGCUUUGAUCCAAGACCUGAAAUAAGAAACAGGGCUCUUCAAGUCCUCUUUGACACCUUACGCAAUUAUGGUCAUCAUUUCACUCUACCCUUGUGGGAAAGGGUUUUUGAAUCCGUCCUAUUUCCAAUCUUUGACUAUGUGAGACAUGCCAUCGACCCUUCUGGUGAAAACACACCGGGGCAAGAGCUUGACAGUGAGGAGGGUGAGCUUGAUCAAGAUGCUUGGCUUUAUGAGACAUGUACACUUGCUCUGCAACUGGUUGUCGACCUCUUUGUUAAGUUUUACAUCACAGUAAAUCCACUUAUGCAGAAAGUUUUGAUGUUAUUGGUGAACUUUAUCAAGCGUCCACAUCAGAGCCUAGCGGGUAUUGGCAUUGCUGCUUUUGUCCGUCUUAUGAGUAAUGCUGGGAACCUUUUUUCUGAAGACAAGUGGUUUGAAGUAGUUUCAUCACUUAAAGAAGCAGCUCAUGUAACACUUCCUGAUUUUUCGCCUGUUCUUAAUGAGAUUAAUGGCAUCUCAAACAAGGAGGAAGAUUUGAAUAAUAGUAGUGAGAAAGGAGAAUCUGCUGCUGAGGCAGAUGCACCUGAGAAUCACCUGGAGAACCUGAGGCAGCACCGACUAUACAAUGCUAUUUCUGAUGUCAAGUGUAGAGCAGCUGUUCAGCUUUUACUAAUUCAGGCGUUCAUGGAGAUCUACAACAUGUAUAGGUCACAGCUCUCCGCCAAAAACGUCAUCGUUCUCUUUGAUGCUGUCCAUGCGGUGGCUUUCCACGCACACAAGAUAAACAGUGAUCUGACUUUACGGUCUAAGCUACAAGAUAUCAACUCCGUGGCCCAAAUGCAUGACCCACCUUUGCUACGUCUGGAGAAUGAGUCUUAUCAGAUUGGCCUUACCUUCUUACAGAACCUCAUGCUCGAUAGACC